GUAUGGGGCGAUUAAGACAGGAACCUAGGUUUGAUUCUGCUGGUAGGCCAAUAUGUUUUAAAUGUCAAGGGGUUGGUCAUAUUGCUAGGUUAUGUCAAGCAGGAGCCACUAACCCAGAUUUGAAUUAUAGUCAAGGAGUACUUCCAGAACAGACACGGGUUGUGGGGCAGGUGCAGGAGCAGCAGGGAAACUUCAGCCCCCUGUAGUGCAGAGCCAACUUACAGGUGGGGGGCAGCCAGGCUCAGGAGACAUUAUUAGUCCUUCUAAAGAGGUACUUAGCACUUUGAUGGGACCAACACCAGUAAUUGAAGUAGAUAUGGGUGGUGUGGUGGUCCCUUGUUUGUUGGACACUGGAUCCAUGGUCACCAUUAUUACAGAGAGUUUUUUUGAAGAACAUUUUGCAUGUAGAGGUGAGGAUCUGUUGAAAAAUUGUGGGUGGUUGACCUUAAAAGCAGCAAAUGGUCUCUCCAUACCAUAUUUGGGUUUUUUGCAAAUGGACCUUAAAGUUAUGGGAAAAGUUAUUCCCCAAUGUGGAAUACUGGUUGUAAAAGACUCUGUAGACCCUCUAACGAAGUCAAAAAGAGAAAUUGUCCCUGGCCUGCUUGGCAUGAAUGUAAUAAAGGAAUGCAGUGAAUUGUUGCCUUGUAAGAUUAAUCUUUCAUUGAAAAAAUGUCCUGUGUUGUCUGAAGGCUUUGUUAAAGUAAUGUCUACAUCGGCUGUUGUGGUACCUGCAGGGUCCAUGUGCUUAGUCCCAGCCACUGGUUUUCAAAGUACGUUGACUACAGGGUAUUCUGCGUUAGCAGAAGGAUUGGAAUUGGACGAAGGGGUUUUGCCAACUAACCUUUUUGUGGCGUCUGCGUACGUGUGGGUUGAGGGUGGGCAGCUAAUGGUGCCAGUAGUCAAUGUGGGCUCUAUUGAUAGAACUUUACAACCACAUACACGUAUAGCACGUCUAGUUCAAGGGGACAUUGUUGCAGGGGGAGGACAGUCAGUGCAAUUUCAGGAGUUGACUUGUGGUGAGGUGCAGGUGUUUGUAGGUUUACAUGAGGCUGCAGUUGGUGAUCAGCAAGGGGGUACCAGCAAGGAAGCACUUAACCUGGAUAGUCCACAUUUAUCAGAGCUUCAGUCUAGGCAAGCAAUAGAAUUAUUAAGAGAAUAUGCAGAUGUUUUUGCAUAUAGUGAUAAUGACUUGGGGUGUACAGAUUUAAUCCAACACCAGAUACCCCUGAUUGAUAAUGCUCCAGUAAAGCAGCGCUAUAGAAGGCUUCCUCCCAGUCAAUAUGAGGAAGUCAAAGCCCACAUUAGACAGCUACUGGAGCGAGGUGUCAUUAGGGAGAGUAGCAGCCCAUACUCCUCACCUCUUGUGAUUGUGAAGAAGAAGGAUGGAGCGUUAAGGAUGUGUGUGGACUAUAGACAAUUGAAUUGGAAAACUCGGAAAGAUGCCUACCCUCUUCCAAGAAUUGAAGAAUCUAUGGAUGCUUUAAGUGGUGCUCAGUGGUUCUCAACUCUGGAUCUCGCUAGCGGCUAUAAUCAAGUGGUGGUGGCUGAGGAGGAUAGGCACAAGACUGCAUUUUGCACACCUUUUGGCUUAUAUGAAUGCAAUAGAAUGCCUUUUGGGUUAUGCAAUGCUCCAGGAACUUUCCAGCGUUUAAUGGAGAGAAUCCUGGGAGAUCAACAUUUCCAGUCUUUGUUACUUUAUUUGGAUGAUGUUGUGGUUUCUUUGUUUCGCUGGUUACUAUCGGCGCUUUGUGAAAGAUUUUUCACGGAUUGCAGCCCCGUUGCAUGCUUUGUCAGGUGCUACUUCUUAUAAAGCAAAACAGCGCAGACCAUGUCUUUCCUUUGCACAGUCGUGGACUGGAGAGUGCGAAGAGGCAUUCCAGCAGCUAAAGCAUAAAUUAGUGUCAGCCCCAGUACUAGCUUAUGCAGAUUUUUCAAAGCCAUUUUUUUGUAGAAAUUGAUGCAAGUCAUCAGGGACUGGGGGCAGUACUUUCCCAAGAUGGAGACCAGGGAAGAAGGCCAAUAGCAUAUGCCAGCAGUGGAUUAAGGCCAUCAGAAAGAAAUAUGGAAAACUAUAGUGCCAUGAAGUUGGAGCUCCUGGCCCUGAAGUGGGCUGUCACAGAUAAGUUCCGUGAAUACCUUUUGGGCCAUCAGUUUACGGUGUUUACUGAUAAUAACCCACUGAGUCAUUUAAAGACUGCUAGACUCGGGGCUAUUGAACAGCGGUGGGUUUCUGAAUUGGCUAGAUUUGAUUUUGACAUCCAGUAUAGGCCAGGUAAACAGAAUGGCAAUGCUGAUGCACUUUCUAGGCAGGCACGGAUUUCUUUGGAGGGGAAUCCUGUUGGAGGUGCAGCUGGGGUAGCAGAAGCUGCUUUUGUUAAUGAACAAGGCACUAUGUCUACUUUCCCUGUCUAUCAGAACAGUUUUCUGGUAGCCCAACAAAAAGCAGACCCCAUAAUAUCAUCUUUUCAGAAGUAUUGGACACGAGGGGUAAAGCCCAAUAGGGCUGAGAGGGCCACGGAAGAGGGAAGGACUUUAGAGCUGGUUAGACAGUGGGAUAAGCUAAAGAAUGAGGAGGAGGUUCUUUAUCGCCAUUUCACUGAUACUCAAUGUGGCUAUGUGAGACAAUUAGUGUUACCUAAACUUUUACAGAAAAAGAUCCUCCAUUGUAUGCAUGAUGAGCAUGGGCACCAGGGGGUGGAGAGGACUUUUAAGUUGGUAAGGUCUAGGUGUUCUUGGCCUGGGAUGCAUCAGGACAUUGAGAAUUAUUGCAAAAAUUGUGAGAGAUGUACAGUAGCCAAGGCCCCAUUGCCACGAGUAAUUACAGAAAUGGGGAGUUUAAUGGCAUCAAAACCCCUGGAAGUGAUUGCCAUGGAUUUUACUGUUCUGGAGCCCUCCAGUGAUGGGCGGGAAAAUAUUUUGGUGUUUACGGAUGUGUUCUCUAAGUACACUGUUGCAGUCUCCACAAGAGAUCAGAAAGCUAUUACGGUUGCCAAAGCUUUGGUGAGGGAGUGGAUUCACAAAUAUGGUGUCCCGCAGAGGAUCCAUUCAGAUCAGGGGAGGUGUUUUGAAGCUGAAGUGAUUCAUUGUCUUUGCAAAUUGUACAAUAUAAAGCAAACCCGAACAACACCAUAUAGGCCCCAAGGAAAUGGGCAGUGUGAAAGGUUUAACAGAACCCUUCAUGAUCUUCUUAGGACUUUACCACCUGCUAAAAAGAGAAGAUGGGUAGAGAAUCUUCCUGACGUGGUAUUCGCCUACAACACCACUGAGCAUGCUAGUACUGGGUUUACCCCAUAUUUUCUAAUGUUUGGUCAGCCGCCCAAUUUACCCAUUGACAUUCUGCUGGGUACGCCAGUAGAGGAUUUUUCAGGGACCAGAGAGGAUUGGAUCCUGGAGCAUCAGAAUCGUCUGCAGGGGGCGUUUCAGCAAGCAAGAGUGCAGCUGCAACACGCAGCAGCUUUACGAAAGAAGUAUCAUGGGGCCCCGACUCCUGAUAGUUCAUUACAGAUCGGGCAACUUGUGUAUCGUAGGAAUCACAAUUUUCAAGGGAGGCACAAGAUACAAGAUCUAUGGAUGACUAUUCCAUUUCGUGCACUAUCCCGGCCAGAUGCAAACAAGGCAGUAUAUACUGUUGCCCCUAUUGAUGGCUCUUCGGCUCCUAAGAAUAUCCAUAGAACCGAACUGCGCCCAUGUAGCUCUGAACUGGAGUUUGAGGAUGUUAAUGCAAGAGCUCGGCAUGACCCCAUGGUGGAGGAUUGUGAGAUUUCCUCUGAGGAUGAAACGGAACCCUUAUGGGUUAGGAGGGAAGUGAGGACAGCGUCUAGUGACAGAAGUCUGAUGGAGUCUAGAACGGUGGACAAUGAAGAGCUAGGAAUGGGGUCAUCGUCCUCUGAGGGAAGUGAAGACGCACCUGUUGAUCUGUUAGAUGGCCAUGAUAGUGAGAGUAGUGAUAUGGGGGAGGCUCGUAGCCAAAGUGAGGAGAUAAAUCGGGUAACAUCUCAAGAGCCAGUACGUCGAUCUUGUAGGCACACAGCAGGGAAGCAUACAAAUCCUUUCCAUUUGCCUAGGUCAGUGAGGGGAAACAUGGGGGAGAAUGAGGCUCACUUAGGUGCACAUGUUAGCGUGGUUUGCUUAACCAUCCUGAAAGACGUUUUGUCUGCUGUAGUAACCAGUUUGGGACAGGUAGAAGAGACCCUGUAGGUGAAUGCAGUGUCAUGCUUGGUUUCUAUUAAUUUUUGUCAUAUUAUUAUUAUUACUUUUUUGUUUUUUUUGUUUUGUUGUUUGUUUGUUCCUGAUAUUAGUUUUUUUGUUGCUUUGUUUGAUCUUAUUAUUAUUAUUAUUACUUGUUUUUUUCUCAGAAGGUUAUUAUUGUUUUUCUUCUUCUCUUUCAUCAUCGAGGCGAUGAUUUGUUUCGUGGGGGGGUAGAUGUAAUGGGCUCCCAUAUUAAGUGCAUUACGGUAGGGGCGCUACUGCGUCUAUUACGGUAGCUGAGGGCUGUAGCGUAAGCUAGGAAUGGCGGCAGCCAGUGGGUCAGUAGUGUGUAUGUACUCGGCCAUGCUGCGUGGGCUCUGGGAACACUAAAAGUAAGUAAAAUAGCGUUUUUAUUGUGCUUACUCUGAGAAUUAAACCCAUUUUUAAUGUAUAGGUAGUCAGCAUGGCUCUGUGUGAAGCAGAAACGGUCUUUUAGUGGCUAUAAUUAAAUGUAGUUGUUAUUGUUUGUAGCUCAGAGGGAAACACUCUAUUGUGCUGGGGAUUGCUGGCCACUGAGGGGAGCUGUGGCUGCAUUUAAAGGGUUAGUAUUCAGUAUGAGUUUAAAGGGGGAAAUUCUGAGCAUGUAUGCUUAAUGGUGUAUUAUGUGAUCUGUAGGUGCUGAUUUUGGUGGAUAACUUUGGUGUGGAGCCCACAUGAGAUUCUUAUGGUUGUCAUGGUUGCUGUAUAUGGUAGGUUGUUUUUUUAAGAUAAAUACAGUGAACCUGUAUAUUCUGCAAGGAGGUAAAAUAUAUUAAUUUUGUUUUUUUCUUGAUUGCAGAAUUAAUCUAUGUCACUGUUUUAUCACUGUGAAACAUAUAUUUUGCUAGUAUCUGUUUGUUGUAUAUUUUUAGUAAAUUGGCCUAAUGAAGUAGAUUCUAUCAUUGAUGCUGUUUUUUACAAUUGAGUAUUUUUGGAUUAAAUAAAGGUAAAAGCUGUUUCAAAUUAAUUUGCCCUCCCAUUUCGGUUGAUUCAUCUUUUUGUUCAGAACCUGCUUAGUGUUACAUUAUUAUUAUAAUAUAAUAAUAAUACGGCUUUUUUCCUCGGUUUUUUAUUUUUCCUCUGAUCAGCUGGGAUGUACAGACCGUCUGACUGAGGGUAAGGUUACUAUGAGAGCAGCAGCUGUGAGCCGCACGGAACGAGAACAACGCCGCGCUCACCCAGCAGAGCAGCGAGAGGAUCCAGUGACGUGUUCAGAGUGGUUGGUGAUUCUGUUCAGCUGGAGAUAAAUGGAUCUGUAUCAGAGUUUGAUGAGUUUUCUGGGUGUUUAGUGGAUCUGUUCCUGUUCUAAAAUAUUAUAAACAAUAUAAAGAUAUUAAGCCCUCCCCCGUUAUAAAGACAAAGUGGAGUUUAUUGAGGAAACCUGCAGCCUGACCCUGAAGAAUUUACAAAAAGACUGAUAAUGGACUAUAUGAAGUAAAAGCAUCCAAUACAGAAAAGACAAGUA